ACAUGAAACCCUUUCAUCAGCACUCUUUGCUGGCUUCAUCACUCAACCUUUUUUGUCUGUCUGUCUCUCUCUCUUACACACUUCCUUUCAUGCUGCUAAAUUUUCUAUUGAUCUCAUUUUCUUACAACCCCACAUUCUUUUUUCUUUCUCUUUUCUUCUCCUUCAUUCAAAGCCUUGAUUUUCAUCUCUUCACUUCACCCUUACCGCGUAGCCGGCGUCGGAAAAUCCGCCGUUGUCUUAAUUUUCCGGCGAAGCAAAUGCUACCCGCUUCCUAGAACCUCGCCGUGUGCCGGAAAGUUCACUCUUUUCUUACUUUUCCGGCGACCCAUUGUCCUCUUUAGUCUGCAGCAAUGUCAAUCUUCGACGGAGCUUUCAUGAACACGCAACUUUCCAAGCACACUUCUAUCUUCGGGCUCCGUCUCUGGGUCGUGAUCGGAAUCCUCAUCGGCGUCUUCAUCGUCUUCACGCUCUUCCUCCUCUCUCUCUGUCUAGUAUCUCGUCGGAACCGCCGCCGUUCUGUCGCCGGCUAUAAGGUCGCCGGAUCCGCCCAAGCGGCGAAGGAAAUUCAUACUAUAGUGCACCUUCCUGGAUCCCACAUGCCCCGGCCUCCGGCGAAGGCGUCGGAGAUCCAGGUGGAGAUGGGGAAGGCGGAACACCGGGUGGUUGUCCACUGCGAUAGGGUUUCGAGUGAGGAGAGUAAGGGAACGAUGGGGAGUGGUUGCGAAACGACGUCGUCUUUUGGAAGUGGGAGUGUUGGUGGGCUAGGGCUUGGGCCUGAGGUUUCUCAUCUUGGGUGGGGGAGGUGGUACACUCUGAGGGAGCUUGAGGAUGCCACUGGAGGGUUGUGUCCGGAAAACGUGGUUGGUGAAGGUGGCUAUGGCAUUGUCUAUCAUGGGGUGCUCAAUGAUGGUACCAAAAUUGCUGUCAAGAACCUCUUGAAUAACAAGGGCCAAGCUGAGAAAGAAUUUAAAGUAGAAGUAGAAGCUAUUGGUCGAGUGCGACACAAAAAUCUUGUUCGGUUGCUUGGAUACUGUGUUGAGGGAGCCUACAGGAUGCUUGUGUAUGAAUAUGUAGACAAUGGUAAUCUAGAACAAUGGUUGCAUGGGGAUGUCGGACCUGUCAGCCCUUUGACAUGGAACAUACGCAUGAACAUUAUUUUGGGAACUGCAAGAGGAUUGGCUUAUCUUCAUGAGGGUCUCGAGCCAAAAGUUGUUCACCGAGAUGUGAAAUCAAGCAACAUACUCAUUGAUCGCCAAUGGAACUCCAAGGUUUCUGAUUUUGGACUUGCCAAGCUUUUGUGUUCUGAGAAUAGUUAUGUCACAACUCGAGUGAUGGGAACAUUUGGUUAUGUUGCACCAGAAUAUGCCUGCACUGGAAUGCUGACUGAGAAGAGUGAUAUUUAUAGCUUUGGAAUCCUUAUCAUGGAGAUAAUAACUGGAAGAAGCCCUGUUGAUUAUGCUAGACCACAAGGAGAGGUUAAUUUAAUAGAAUGGUUGAAGACUAUGGUCGGGAAUAGAAAAUCUGAGGAAGUAGUUGAUCCUAAGCUCCCUGAGAUGCCAGCUUCAAAGGCUCUUAAACGUGCUUUAUUGAUUGCUCUUCGGUGUGUUGAUCCUGAUGCAACAAAGAGACCAAAGAUGGGACAUGUGAUCCACAUGCUUGAGGCAGACGACAUGUUAUUCCACAAUGAACACAAAACUGAUGGAGAUUCUUCUCGUUCCUAUCAAAAUGAACAUAAGGACUCAAAUUUAGACAAGAGAACAGAUGGUGUCACUGAUCAAAGUGAAGAUGCUAGUAGUAGAAAUAAUCAUCAGGCCACUACAUGGAGAUGAUAACAAGCUGAUAAUUAAAUAGAACUACGUGCUUAUUUUUUGGUCUCUACUGUUAGUUUGUCAAUUCUUAUGUCUAGCUCAAUUUAAAAAAUGAAAGCAGUGUACCCAUUUUUUCUUUAUUAUGUAAGUUUCCAGUGUUGUUAUCAACCCUAAUUUGGGAUUCAUUUUCAAGUGUAUACUCUGAUUCCUUGUUAUAAAGUAAAAAAUUUAUGACC